AUGUUCUCGAAGAUUCGAAACUUCUCCGAGGAUGUGGCCAAAAGUUUGAACGACUUGAAUUUAACAGAUCAACAAAAUCAAGCACAACAACUGAAACCGGACCCAUUGGCUCAGCUACAACGAAAUGCCCGAAUAUUACAAGCAGAAACUCCUGACUCCAAUCAAUUGACUCAACCAAAAGAUGAACUGGAAUCUGAUGUCCCAUCUCGAAUAUCAACACCCGCCAACAAUGGUGAUCAAACGCCUUCAAGCACAAAGCAAGGGACGCCACCCGUCGAUUCGUCCACAGUCAGCUUAGAUGAAUUACCUCCUGCUAUUAAAUCAAAGAUGAAAAAAUUUGCCAAGUAUGAAGAGAAGUAUCCUGUGUUGUUGGAGGCUUACAAAGUUGAAAAGAGGAAAACAGAAUUGAUCAAGAUUUUCGAGAAUGUACUUAAAGAGAACACUCCGGUGUCAUCAAUAUCUGAUGCAAGGACUCUUGUUGAGUACCUCAAUGGGCUCAAUGAGAAAACUAAGAUGCAGAAUAAUGAGAUCAGGAAAUUGACAAAGGAGAACUCUGUGCUUACUUUUAAAAUAGCCAAGUAUGAGGAAGAAGGGGAGGAUACUUUGUUUAGGAAAAUCGAAGACUUGAAGAAGGAAAAUGAUGGGUUGAAGAAACAAGUGUCUGAUCAUGAAAGCAAAAUUAAGACAUUGAAUGAAGAAAAAGACAAACUUGAAAAAAGACUUGAGGAAAAGGACAAGUUGACUGAUGAACAAGCUAAGGUUGAAAAAGAGGAAUCUGUGGCUCAAAAUGAGCUGGAAACACCUUCUGGUGAUAAUGACUACAAGGAAAACAUAAAGGAGCUAAAAUCCAAACUUUUGGACAAAGACAAGGAACUCGAAGACGUCAGAGUGAAACUCCAAAGGGCAAAUAAAUCCUUGGAAGAAAAGAAAGACGAAAUUGAAGAUUUGAGAGACCUGAUGAAAGAUAUUGGAAAUGACUUGGUUACCGCAAAAGACGAAAUCAAGGACUUGAGACUGAAAGUCAAGAACGGUAACCUGGAAGGCGAUAAAAUAACCGAUACUUCCCAUGUGGAUAUGCAAGAGAAAAACCUUGAAAAACAAAUCUCAACCUUGGCUGAUGAAGUAAAGUCAUGGAAGGACAAAGUGUCUCAAAAGACGAAAGAAGUGAAAGAAUUGCAAACUAAAGUAACCACCUUGGAAGACGAAUCUCAUGAAGAACAAUUGGCAAAUAAACAAUCUGAAAGCCAGCUUCGAAAGGAAAUACAAUCGUUGAAGAAGCAAUUAAACGACCAAAACGAAAAUUUAAGCAAUACCGAGAAACAAUUGAAUGCGCAAAAGGCGGAAAGGGAAAAAUUGGAGCAACGAUUGCAUGAAUUGUCCAAGUUUAAAAGUAAUGACACCUCAUACAAGUUGGAAGUCUCGUCAUUGCAGUCUAACUUGGAUCACAAAGAGGAGACAAUAAAAGAACUCAAGUCCAAAAUAGAGUCUCUCAACGAAAACAGCAACACACUCCAAACAAAAAUUGACAAGUUGGAAAAAACAAAUAAUGAGUUGCAAACCAACUACAUGGGUUUACUUAAAAACAAAAAUGAACUUUUGACAAAACAAGAGUCCUUUAUUGAAAGUGAAAAAUCUUUAAAUGUUCAAUUAUCAAAGCUUCAAAAGGAGAAACAGGAGAUCCGUAACGAAUUGGACAAAACACGCAGUAGCUUGGAUUCGUUGUUGUCAGAAAAGCUGUCUGCAAGUAAUGAUGUCCAACUGUACAAAAGGCAAUAUGACGAGUUGACGAUGAAAUCAAAGGAAUACAAUUUACGGAUUGAAAGUUUGGAAGAUGAUUUGUCAGAGAGUCGAAACUUGUUGCAAGAAAGGACAAGAGAAGGAGGAAACUUGAGACGAUUGUUGAUUGAAACCGAUGAAAUGAUGAAACAGAAGGAGUCAGACCACAAAUUAGAGAUUAGGAGACUAGAGGAUGAGAAAACUGAAUUUGAAAGAAGCAGUAACCAGUUGAUCAAAAAGAAGCAAAAGGAUAUUGAUGAAUUGAACGUGGCAUUAAAAGAGCAUAAGCAACGCAUUUCUAACCUCGAGGAAAGACUUAAAGUCAUUGAAGCUGUUCCGCAUAAUGAGCUGGUUCCCGAGAAUAACCAAAUAGAUUCAGAAUUGCAAGUUCAAAUAAAUACUCUACGAGAAGCAUUAUCAGUUUCAUCUAACAAACUAAAGGAUUAUGAAAAAUUGAAUUCCAAUUUAAAGAAGUUGAAUGACGAUAAUUUGUUAAAGUUUGAGAGACUUUCCAAGAAUUAUAAACUAUUAACUCAACAGUACAGAUUAAUGAAGGACAAUGAAAGUCGUCGUGGGUCAGCUGAAAGUGUGACUAAUUCUUUAGUAAAUGGAUCCGAAAGGAGGGAGAGUUUGGAUGAGAAAAAGGACAAAGAUAAACAGACAGACACCAACAUUGCAUAUUUGAAAAAUGUUUUGCUUGGAUAUUUUGAGCAUAAGGAACAGCGGGAGCAGUUGUUGCCGGUAUUGAAAACAAUAUUUCAGUUUUCCAAGGAUGAUGAGAAUAAAUUUUUAUUAGCGUUGAAGUAG